CGGAUCUGAUCUCCUUGCUAGGAGAGGCUGAGAAAGGCAGCUCUAGGGGAUUUGCUUCUAGCAGCAGCAGCAGCACAUGAUCCAUCAAUCGCGUGAUUCUCACCACCAAGGACUAAUGGGGAGGGUGAAGAAAAAGUGAAUGCUGCUUUGGGGAAGAAACAGCGUUUUCUUCUGCUCCUGGGGCCCCUCCACCAGCUGGAUGCUUCAUGGCUUCUCCCAGGCUAGAAACCUACUGCUGCCCGAACCGGGAUGCAGCUACACAGCUAGUGAUGAACUUCCAGCCUGAAGUCUUCUGCGGAGUUUGCAUUGGCAGCGCCUCCGUCAGUCUGCUUCUGACCAUCCUGCAGCUCCUGCCGAAGAAGGGACAAGGCCUGCGGAAAAUGCCCAAAGCCUCCUCCUCUUCCACCAUCCUUCUCCUUAUCUCCAUUUGUGACAUCCUUGGUGGCUUAGGUAUGAUCUUCAGAUCAAGUGUAUGGCUAGGCUUCCCAGGCUUCAUAGCUAACAUUUCUGUGGUGAACCGGACUGACGUGUGGCCUUCUGCUUUCUGUGUGGGGAGCGCGAUGUGGAUCCAGCUAUUAUACAGCGCUGGCUUCUGGUGGUUAUUUUGCUAUGCCGUUGAUUCUUACUUGGUGGUAAGAAGAUCAGCCGGACUGAGUACGAUUGUGCUCUACCACAUGAUGACCUGGGGCCUGGCGGUGAUGCUCUGCGGGGAGGGGAUCGUGCUGCUUUACUACCCUUCUCUCUCCAGCUGUGAAAAUGGCUUGGAGCAUGCAAUCCCACAUUACAUCACAACCUAUGCCCCACUCCUGCUAGUGCUGGUGGUCAACCCAAUCCUGUUUAGGAGGACAGUAUCAGCAGUUGCCUCCUUACUGAAAGGGAGACAAGGGAUUUACACAGAGAAUGAAAGACGUCUGGGGACAGAGAUCCAGAUCCGCUUCUUCAAAAUUAUGCUGGUAUUCAUUAUUUGUUGGUCGUCCAAUAUCAUCAAUGAGAGCCUUUUGUUCUAUCUUGAAAUGCAGCCAGAUAUCAAUGAAAUGUCCCUGAAAAACAUCAGAAGUGCUGCACUGAUCACAUGGAUUAUAAUGGGGAUUCUUAAUCCAAUGCAAGGCUUCCUCUUCACAUUGGCUUUCUAUGGCUGGAUGGGAUGGAGACUGGACCUGAAAUGGCGAAAGAGAGAAAUAGCCUGGGAAUCAAUGUCCUCUUCAACUGUGGGUGAAAAUGCCUAUCCCUCACCAGUGAACUACCAGAGCAAUAUCCAUGAUUCAAAGAAGAUAUCGACCACUGACAGCCAGAACACCGACGAGGCUAUAAGCAUGUUGUCUGAAGGUAACACUAGUGGUGAUGACAUAUUAACCAGGAGCUCUCCCAUCUACCAGGGCUGGUAGGUUACAGGUGCAGAGCUGGAUCCCACUUCUCAUAUUGUCAAGACUCAUAAAACCAUGUCACUGUGUGAGCUGUUGCGUACUCUGGAAUUAGGUUUGUGCCCAAUGGAUUGAUGUAAUUUCCUAUAACUUGUGUGUGUGAGAGAGAGGUCGUGUGAGGUGGAGCGUUAUUGUGGUUUCUGUCUUAAUUUGCAUUAUAGGAGCUGUGUUAACAGUUAUAAAGACCUGAUCCUUUAUCCUAUAUAUGAUCCUUCUUCAGCAGGAGUAUAUCUCUGCAAAGAUCUAUGUUACUUAUGUUUAAUUUUCAUCCAUUUUGUUUUAAUCUCUUUUGUAACCCCCCAUAUGGUAGAAGAGUCGUUUGUUUAAAUAAAUGGAUUAUUAACAUGUAGAGUCUUUAAACGUGUUGCCUUGCUUGUCUUGAUCAGCAGAAAAUUUCUUACCCAGAACUAUAGCUAUAGGUUUUUUGAGACACCAUUUUCAGCCUUGAUGCUCUGGUAAAAAAUUAGUGACAACAAACUUUGACAUAAGAGCAAAUAUUUCCUAUUUGUCUAAAAUCACACC